GUGGCAGAUCCGAUUCCCUGCUCCCGUUUCCACUCCGCUUCACAAGGACGCCCCGAGAUGGCGGCAUGGGGUUGAUGAUCCAACUGCCUCGUUUUGUGUAGGUGUUGCCGUCCGCGAGCCAAGAGGAGAGGGAAAGCAUUGUUAAAAGAGUAGCCGGCGGCGGCUUUUCCAUGAGUGUGCCAACUAAAUUAAGAAACCACUGAAGUGGGCCUGUCUGAGCACUGACACUGUCUAUUUAGUCUGAUUUGAUCACUGCUCACCGGCAUAUCACCCUGAUCCCUGAACAACGAAGCAGUAGUGAGUAGUGACAAGGUUGAAGAAGCGGAUCAACAGGUCAAGGAGUUUCUAUGGAGCAAGGCGGCAAGGCGGUGCUCGGGUGGGCAGCGAGGGACGCCUCCGGCCACCUCUCCCCGUACAGCUUCUCAAGAAGGGUGCUGAGAGACGGCGACGUGACGAUCAAGGUGCUCUUCUGCGGGAUCUGCCACACGGACCUCCACGUCAUCAAGAACGAGUGGGGCAACGCCAUGUACCCCGUCGUCCCCGGGCACGAGGUCGUCGGCGUCGUCACGGACGUCGGCCCGGGUGUCACCAAGUUCGAGGCCGGCGACACGGUGGGCGUGGGCUACUUCGUCGACUCCUGCCGCUCCUGCGAGAGCUGCAGCACGGGGCACGAGAACUACUGCCCCGACGUCGUGCUCGCCUCUAACGGCGUCGACGGCGACGGCGCAACCACCCAGGGCGGCUUCUCCGACGUCGUGGUCGUCGACCAGGACUACGUCGUCAGGGUCCCGCGGAGCCUGCCACCGGACGGCGCCGCGCCGCUGCUCUGCGCCGGCGUCACCGUGUACAGCCCCAUGGUGCAGUACGGCCUCAACGCGCCGGGCAAGCGCCUGGGCGUGGUCGGCCUCGGGGGGCUCGGCCACAUUGCCGUCAAGUUCGGCAAGGCGUUCGGCAUGACUGUCACGGUGAUCAGCUCGUCCCCGGGCAAGCGUGAGGAGGCGAUCGAGCGCCUUGGGGCCGACGAGUUCUUGGUCAGCAGCGAUCCCGAGCAGAUGAAGGCGGAAGCGGGCACGAUGGACGGCAUCAUCGACACGGUGUCGGCGUGGCACCCGCUGGCGGCGCUGCUCGAGCUCCUGAAGCCGAUGGGGCAGAUGGUGCUCGUGGGGGUGCCCAGCAAGCCGCUGGAGCUGCCGGCCUUCGCUGUCUGCCCGAGCGGGAAGCGCGUGGCCGGGAACGGCGUGGGCAGCGUCGGCGACUGCCAGGCGAUGCUGGACUUCGCCGGGGAGCACGGGAUUACCGCGGACGUCGAGGUCGUCGGGAUGGACUACGUCAACAAAGCUAUCGAGCGGCUCGAGAGGAACGACGUGAGGUAUCGCUUCGUCGUCGACGUCGCCGGCAGCCUGGGCGCCGAUGCUUAAUUAGGCCAGAAUAUGUUGCUCGCUUGUGCACAGCGCUUGUCUGUACCACUUUUCGUGGUGGUAUCUUCACCGUGAAUAACUAGUGCAGGGCAUCGCAACACGCCAA